UUGUCCCUCUUGUCUCUCCGCCCGUCAAGCCACUAUUCAGUAAACACUCGAUCAUAACCACCACCCCCGUCGCUCCAAGCUCCCCUGCGAUAAAUUCAAUCCUCUUUUCGUCCCUCUCGACCUCGUCGCUACUACUGUACCUAUAUAUUAUCGAGGGCUAUUCUCCCAUCCCUCCUCCCAAUUCGACGUGACCAUGGCUACUGGUCCAGCUACUCAAUCCCUCAAGUGUGUGGUGACGGGUGAUGGUGCGGUAGGAAAAACAUGUCUCCUGAUUUCGUACACGACCAACGCUUUCCCCGGCGAAUAUAUCCCUACCGUAUUUGACAACUACACCGCUAGUGUGAUGGUAGAUGGCCGACCAAUUAGCUUGGGACUUUGGGAUACUGCUGGACAGGAAGAUUACGACCGUCUUCGCCCAUUGUCCUACCCGCAAACCGACGUCUUCCUGAUCUGCUUCUCCAUCGUUAGCCCGCCGUCCUUCGACAACGUUAAAGCCAAGUGGUUCCCGGAGAUUGAACACCAUGCCCCCAACGUCCCCAUCAUCCUGGUCGGCACCAAGCUCGACCUGCGAGACGACCGUGGUACCAUAGAUGCUCUCCGACAGCGAAAGAUGGAGCCCGUCUCCUACGAACAAGCUCUGGCUGUGGCCAAGGAAAUCCGGGCACACAAGUACCUCGAAUGUUCGGCCCUGACGCAGCGCAACCUGAAGAGUGUAUUCGACGAGGCGAUCCGCGCUGUCCUCAAUCCCCGGCCUGCGGCCAAACCGAAGAACAAGAAAUGCCUGAUUCUGUAGAUCGUCCCAAAGGACAUGUUCGACUUCCCA